AUGCCGCUGCGCUGGGCCGCCUCUCUGCACCUCCUUGGCGAGCGCCCCAGCGUGCGGGCGCUCAACGCCGCGAUCAGCGCCUGCGAGCGGGGCACACGCUGGGCGCGGGCGCUGCUCAUCUUCGACCGCGCGGAGAGCGCCGCCGGGCCCUGCGCGCGCGACACGGUCUCCUUCAACGCCGCGCUGUCCGCCCUCGAGAAAGGGGCGAGGUGGCGCGAGGCCCUGGAGCUGCUGCGCGAGCUCGGGAGCGGGCGCGGCCGCGCCGAGGGCCUGCGCCCCACGGCGGUGAGCUGGAACGCGGCCGCCAGCGCCUGCGAGAAGGGCAGCCAGUGGAGGUGGGCGCUGGCGCUCCUGGACCCCCGCGACAGCUGCGCGCCCAGCGGCCCCCUGAGGCGCGCGGGGCGCCCCGCCGUCGAUGCCGCCGGGCUGGGCGUGGCCGCCGGCGCGUGCAUGCGAGCCGCGAGGUGGGCCUGCGCCGUGGGGCUGCUGCAGGAGCUCCGGCGCCGUGCGCUGGGCCCGGACCUCCUGGCCUGCUGCGCGGCGCUCCGGGCGUGCGAGGCCAGCGGACAGGCCGCACAGGGCGGCAGGGUCCUGCGCGCGCUGGCUCCCGGCAUUCGUGCUCGGGGGGGGUCGCCCGCGGGCGUGGGCGCCGGCCGUGGGCGACAAGCGUGCGCGGGCCGGUGUUCGGGGCCGGCCACGAGGGGGGGUGCUGACUAG